GAUAUCGAAAUGCUUUUGAAAAGAACGAAAAAAGUUGGUAAUACAAAUGAACAUGAUUGUGAAACUGAUGUAGCAGAAUACCCGAUUGAAUCGAAUAAUUUGAACAAUUCAGAUAAAGAAAUUUCGAAUGAAACCGUUUCUCCUGAAAUCACUGCACUCACAAAUUCUGUACCGGAAAAAAAAUCUAAUGGAAUUUCACCUGGACUACAUGUUAAACGAUCUGUGAUUCCUGCCUUUAAGAAAGUCAAACAACCAGUUACACUAGCUAGUUUAAAAAACUGUUCAAACUCAUCGCACACUUCUUCACUGUCGUGCAGUAAAUCGGAAUUGUCAACAGAAGUGAAUAGUGAUUUAUCGAGAUGCGAAUUGGAGGUAAAUUUGGAAAAAUUAAUCGACAAUGUCAUCAAUAAGUCUUUUUCUCUAACAACUGAUCAGUUUUAUAAAGAAUAUCUUCAAGAAACACUUGAUAACAAUAAAAUUUACAAAGAAACUGUUUGUCUAUCAGAAAAAAUUUUCGAUGUAGAACAUUCUGAGGAAAUAACUCAAAUCGGUUCAUUUGAUUCACAAAAUAGAUGUUUGACUGAAAUACAUGAAUCACCAACGAAACACGAUAAUGAUAGGAAUAAAUGUGCUGAAAUAAACACAGAAAUGAAUAUUGAACAAAAAUCAAGUGUUCACGGUACAUGGGUUGAGUGUGUUUUAUGCCUAAAGUGGAGAUUUCUCAAAGAAAUACUAGAUCCUAGUCUUCUUAUUGAGUCAUGGCAUUGUGGGCUUCAAGAGAAAUAUAUCAAUGUAAAUGAAUUUCGAAGUGAAAUUCUUUUGUACGCAUCAAAUCCUUGCGAUGAACCGCAACAAGAAUUGGAAAACAAUGAAAAUUCAAAUUCAUUUGUGUACACUAAAUUUACAGCUGGUUCAUUAGUAUGGGCUAAAUUAGAUGGAUAUCCAGAAUGGCCGGCUAUGAUUGAUUGUGAUGCAACGGGUCAUUUCGCUGAAUUUGAUCAAACAACUAGAGAAGUAAUUCGUUACUGUGUAGUCUUCUUGGAUCCGCAUCGUAUCACUCAUCAGUGUAUCAGAGCUAAUCGUAUUCGAAAGUAUACCCAUGGUGAAGAAAAAAAGAUUUCAAAGAGUUCUCGAUAUUAUCAAUCACUAAUUAAAUCUAUUGAAGAAGCUGAAAAGGCUCUGAAUAUGUCAUUGGAGGAACGUCUUUUCAUGUUUGGAUACCCGUAUUCAGAACAUAAGUGUGAGGAUUCACACAAGGGGAAAAUAAAGCAAAGAGGAGUAAAUAAACAGGAGUCUUCCAGCAAAAUGUUUAAUCGCAGAACUGAUAAAACCAGUAAUAAUGCUAAUGAUGAUAAUAAAACAUCUUCAGACAAGAUUAAUAGAAUUCAAGAAGUCGAUUUAAUUCCUUUAAAAAUUCCGAAAGUUUCAAAUGAAGAAUAGUAUUCUAAAGAAGAGCAUAUAAUCAACUUCAAUGAAUGCUAAUUAAUUGUAUACUCAAAAUUAAACA